GAUUUAUAAAUGGGUCAAGAUUUAAAACUGGAUUUUGAGAAGUAUUGUGUUGUAGAUGGAAGUCCUAACACUGUUCUUGUAUCGCCUCGACAUUCAAAUACCGAAAAGAAAAAGGUUAGAAAGAAACCCAAGUCACGAAAUGACGUAUGUUUGAUUCAAAAUAAGGAAUUUACAGAAAUUAGCUUCAAUCGUUAUCGUAGUGCAUCGUGUAAAGCUGUUCCAUCGAUUAGGUUAGAAGCCGAUGAAACACCGAGAAGGGGUUCUGUGUAUCAGAGCUCCAGAGAAUUAGGUAAAAUGAGUAGAAUCAAAGAGCAUGAAACUGAAGGUAGGAAAAAGAUUGCAGUUUCAAGAAGAAAUGCUGCUCCUUUUUCGUUUGAAAUAGUUGAUUCAUUGUGUAGUUCAGAUGAGGAUAAUAGUUCGUUAGGCUCAUUUACAAGUUCAUCUUUAGGUAUGUCUACUAGUUCAGUCAACAAAGAGAAUCUCUCAAAGAGAAUCCCUUUAAACAAAUCUCUAUCUGCUAAAUUAGCAAUGCCACAGUCUCCAACCAGAUCUGAUGAAUCCUCCAAAACUCGUUUUAGUCCUUUUAGAAAGAUGCUUGACCCCUUCACGAAGUCGAAGUCUCACAAAAGUCCUUUGGGUUCUGCAGUUGAAGAACCUAGUGAAGCAACAUCAUCAUUAAGGAAUAGUACAUUAAGAAAGUCCUUGCUUAAUGAUUUUUCCAACACGGAGGGUGAUUCUCAGUGUAUCAAGAAAGAUUCAUGUAGCUCAAUCACGUCGUCAUCUGCUACGCCAGCUCACUUAAGCGGCUCCCUUAAAAUGAGGAACAAAAAUGGGGUUCCUUAUUUUGAAUUCUCCGUAAAGAAUCCACAUGAUGUUUGGGUGGCAAAGAAAUGGAACACGGAAGAUGGUUUCAGCUGGAUAUAUACAUUUCACAUGGCUCAGAAUAAAAGAAAAAGCAAUGCUAGUGGACGUGGAUCCAAAGAUCAUAGAAGUAAAGAGUUCUUGAUGAUGGCCCAAAUGCAAGUUUCUUGUUAUCUAUGUACCGAAGUGUUAAAUGCAGGUGCUUUCAACAACUCUAUGCUUACUGAAUUUGUGUUGUAUGACCUGGCACGUCCAAGACAAACUGUUACACAACAACCUGAGGGCUUGAAUACAAAAGAAGAGUCAAAUGAGGUAAUUGAUCAAGCAAAACUCAACAUCCAGAGUAAUUUGCUGAGCUCAAAUCCAUGGCCUAUAGCAGAUUUACAUCCAGACCUUGAGUCUGCAGCCAUUGUCUUACAGUUUCCAUCCAGGAAGAGAGAGAGCGUAAGAUACAAGAGAGAUGAUACGCGAAAUGAUAAUUUGCUUAAUCUUUCUCGUAUGGAGUUAGAGGAAAGAAUAACCAACUCUUCUUGUUUAACCCCGGCAAAAGUUAGUGUCGUGAUCCCAUCAGGUACCCAUGGUUUGCCAAGUGAUGAAACUCACAGGGUCUCGCCAUUACUUGAACGGUGGAGAUUGGGUGGAGGUUGUGAUUGUGGAGGAUGGGAUAUGGGCUGCCCCCUUCUUGUUUAUGGCAAUCCAGAUACAAGAAAUGAAGUUUACAGAAACCAACCCGUGGAAAUUUUCUUAAAGGGAACUAGAGAAAACACACCGGAUUUGACCAUGAAGUUGACCGAGGAGGGACACUAUGCAGUUGAUUUCCAUGCGAAACUAAGCUCACUACAAGCUUUCUCCAUAUGUGUUGCUAUAUUGCACGGAAAAGAAGCCUCUAUCACCAAUAGUGAGGAUAUGAACAGACAGAUGAUGCAAUGUGAUUCAUUAAGAGUUUUCAUUGAAGAUGAAGUCAAACACUUGAUUGAGGCUGUGGCAGAAGGUGAGAAAAGAAAACCAAGUAAGAAUAUUAAUGAAAACCAACCUACCUUUGUAGUUAACCCACCGUUUUCUCCAAUGUCACGAGCAUGAACCUAAAAUUGGUGCUUGAAAAGGGUGAUCAAAAGUCCCAAUUUCAGUUCAUGGGAGAACUGGUUGGCCCGAAUGGAGCUAUUGACUUGUUGUAGCAAAUAGCCAUAGUUUUUGUGAAAAUGCAGAAGAGAAAAGUACACUUUGUGAUAUAAGGAGCAAUGUUUAUAAAAAAGGGCGAAAUUAAAUAUUAUUUAGUGUUCUUUUUAGCAUUUUCACAAGAAGUAUGGUUACUUUAUCACGAAAAGUCAAAUGAAGUGGUUCGAUAAGUCAAAUGAUCCUUCAUCGAGCGUCAAACCGAAGCUAUGGUUGUGCAAGAUCUGAGUUCCGUGUCAGCUCAUGACAUAAACUUUACAAGGUCAGUAACAGAGGAAUCAGAUCAUGGGAGGAAACAACAUUGUUUAUAUUAUUGGCAUUUUUGGAGAGGGGAAAUGUAGUCAUAAUUUUCUAUAGUAGAUUGUAGUGCAAUUUUUUCAGUUUUAGUUUAUGUAACUUGUAUAUUUAGGGACUAUUAGUGGUAUAGAUGAACUGGAAAUUAUUUCCAGAAAAAUGUCCUAUUUGCAUCCAGGUUUUAGACCACUCAUGGAGGAAUAUUUGUGUCUCUGGAAUGAUAAAUAAAAUCUUGGUCUGUUAUACAAACUGUGCAAGUUUUUUGUUGAACAAA